AUGAGUGAUAAUAGGUUUCCUAUUCCUGAGGCCUAUGAUGCAGCAUCGCUGUUUCCCCCUUUGAAUUUUGACACUUCGACCCAUCCUCCGGAAUCGUACGAUGCAUCCGAUCUCGGCUAUCUUGCAACUCAACAAAAAGACACCGCAGACGGCUUACUGUGGCACGAUGUGAAUACGCUUUCUAUUCCCGAUGACAAUUCGCUUGAUCAGGGUUCCCAGAAUAUGUGCUCCGAAUCGUAUCGAGAAUUACCGCCCAACGCACCUGUAUAUACAACCCCAUCGUCAUCCACAGCUCAUGACGAAGGUACCAAUCCCACAGAACCUUCAAGCAGUCAUUCUUCCGUCUUCAAUAUUUCGUGGGGAGGGAAUGAUAAGCCUCCGACAGAAUUGCAUCCUGACGAACCGAGCGACCGGCCGAUACGUAACCGACCUUUACCAAAACCCCGUGGGAUCCGAAAAUUGCCUGAACCGGAACCAGCGGAAGAUGGGACGGUCGAUGAAGAUACCUUGAAACGACGCAAGAAUACGCACGCCGCACGACGCUCACGAUUGAAAAAGCUUCUUAAAAUCGAGCAUCUGGAGAAUCGAGUCGACGAGCUGCAGGCUGAAAACGCCAAAUUAGUACUCAGUAACGCUCUGCUGGAAUCAGAUAAGCGAACCCUGCGUGCCAAAGAAGUCGAAUACAAGAAACGUAUCAAGUACCUGGAAGAACAGCUCGGCAAUCAUCGUACCAUGUCCUCUAGCUCACCGUUAUCAUCCGAUACCUCCCAAACCCAACCCCAUUCCACUACAUGGGAAACUGGCGAAGACUUUGCUAUAAUGUAA